AUGUUUGCCGCCGUUGGAGUGGGUUGGUGGUUCCUGUUCCUUGCAGCGAGCUGGGGCGCUGGGGCGCUGGCCCAGGCUGACUGGCGAGAGGAAACGUCGGCUUGGCAGGCACGCAGCAGGACCGCCUCCCGCCACCUCCUCGCCCCGUCCGCCGGCGGCAUGACAACCCAGGAAGCCGAAGAUGUCCUCCAAUUCCUGGGCAUCGACGACCACGGCCCCAUCGUGUACAUGGGGAGGACGGCCGACUGCCCGCUGACCGACCUCUCCUCCGACGCCGCGGCCACCCUCGACGGCUUCUGCGAGGCCAUACAGCGCAUGCGGCGCUGCCGGGGCAGGGACAGCCGGGAGCCGGGCCUGGCCCGGCCCCUGUUCCACAUGUCUUGCCAGAAUCAAACGUGCGUGGAGACGCUGUCUUUCACCGCCACGGCGUGCGACCUCAACGCGCGCCUGGGGCUGCCGCUGAAGGACGCCGUCAACAGGUCGUGCGAGCUUACGCUGCCGGAGACCGCAAACACUUCGAAGCCCCACCUGCCCUCCUUCCUGACGCCCGACGGGCGCAGGUCCAUGUUCGACUGCCUGCUCGGCUGGCCCACGGGCACCGAGCUGUUCAAGAAGUACACAUGCGUUGAGGGCUUCUUUCGGCUGCAAGUUUCUAACAGGUUGGGGGGCCAGGCGUUUGUGCCGGACAUGGCGCUCUACCGGUGCAUUCGGGACAUACGGUGCGGGGAGGGCGAGGAGGGGGGCCUGUGGUUCGAGGGGGAAUACAUUUGCUACCUACCCGAGGGCAGCAGGGUGGCGCUGACGAGCUGGGCGGCCGGCGGGGGAGGACUUGUCGCCCCGUUCCUUUGGGCCUGCGCGCUUUUGCUCUCCGUUGUGUGGCGAGAUUGGCCGACAGGAGCGUGA